AUGGACAAUUAUGAGGUAUUCAUACCUCAGUGGGAUGUUGAGGUGUUCCCUGGACAGCCUGCAAUUACGCUAAACGGGACACUCGAGGAGGUUCGCUCUGAACUCAAUCGGUUGAAUCCCAACUGGGACUCUGCCUACGUUCAAGGUGCCUUCUCAUCUCCUGAUACAUCUGGCCCCAAUACAGACGACAAUGCUCUGGGCAAAAGGACCGACUUCUACAAUGCACAUGUUAUUUGUGGUGGUGGCUCGCAUGGUUGGCGGUCUGCACGGUAUAGCGCCAUCAUGAAAGGCAUUGAUUACCUGCGAGGUGUCCCAGGACGCCCCGGAAACUCCGCCGGCCCUGGAUCAUGCGGCAGAGUAAGCUGCUCUUACGAUUCUGCCAUUUGGUGGUGUAAUGAUGAUCGUGCACCAAAGCUUCUCAAUUCCUUUGGGAGUAUUGCCGACGGCGCAAACUAUAUUGUUGGUAGCUGCACACGGACCCCAGGACAAUUCGGUUACGUCGUGGGUCAAGUGUUUCAUCACACGAACUGGAACGUCAUUGUCAGAGAGGACAGCUGUUGA